GUUGAUAACACCUGCAGUCUCGCAGUCCAGUUUCCUCGAAGAAAGGCUGCCGCACAGCCUCUAAGUCUUCUCGGCACCGUUUUAGAGUCGCAUAGCACGGCGUUCACUGGGUUUGACACUUUGCUGCGUUUCAUUGCGUUCAUUGCUUUUCGGCACCGUGCAUUACGAGGCGUUGCACAAGGCAGUCAUGCCCGCCCGUCAUCACCCAUUUCCACAGAAGCACGCUACUCCGUACACACAGAGCCAGACCAGAAGAUAGAUACUUUCAAUCAGUGUCCGCCUCGCGUUCACGCUGGAUUCAAUACCACUCGCCCCUUGGGCCUUCUUUGGGCGCGAGACGUCCAGCGUUCCCUCGUCCGUUCCAAUCACUGAUGGUAUGGUUGGCAAUCAGACACCGCUCCGGCGACAACAAUCGCUCGUGGAUCUGGAUGCGAGCCUGUCCACGCUCUCCGCUUCUGGGCAUCAUGUGCGGUCACCGAGCGUAAGGCGACGCGCAGAGACCCAAGAUUCCGACAAGGCCGGAAGAAGUUGGGCGAGGGAGGUCGAUGACCCAUGGUGGCCUUGCAUCCUAACGUUGGACGGAGGUGGCAUCAGAGGUUAUAGCAGUCUCUUGAUCCUCAAAGCUCUAAUGCAUGAGGUGUGGUUGUGGGAGCAACGGCUAGAUAGAGAAGAUGCAGAACAAGUGAACCAUGAGACCACACCCUCGUCUGAGGAGGAACUCUUGCCCUGCCACUACUUUGAUUUUGUGUACGGUACCUCUACCGGUGGUCUGAUUGCAACUAUACUUGGCCGAUUACGCAUGACAGUCUCUGAAGGACUGGAACUCUAUCGCAAAGUUGGCGAAGACUUGUUCGGCAAAAGGCGCAGUCACAUCCCAUUUAUGACGAAGUAUCACCACCAACCGCUUGAAAGGGCGGUACAAGACAUCGUAGGCGCUAGAUGUUACGAACACGCAGACUGCGACGGCAAGUCUGACCUUCACCCAUGGGACGCUGAUCAACUUGAUGAGAUCUUGAAGCUUGAUGUGCCAUUCGACGUUGAUAGGCCGAGGGUCUGCCAAUCGUGCUGUUUGACCGCCACUCACGACAAAAGCAUAUCGGAAGCAUACCUGCUACGGUCCUAUCCGCACUACUACACCGACGAUGUGCCAAACUGGAUCACAAGGUACAAUGAAGGCGCAGACGAACUGCCGAUUUGGAAAGUCACCAGAGCGACGACUGCGGCUCCGUUUUACUUUGAGACGGUCCAGCACGAGGUUGAAGGCGGGACCAAGUUGUUCAAGGAUGGUGGGAUCCGUGAGAACAAUCCUGCCGGUGCAGCGUUGAGCGAGUUUCACGCUUUGUAUGCAGGCAAAGCAGAUAGACCGGCUCUACUCCUCAGCAUCGGAACUGGACGGCCUGAUCAAACACAAGAUGGCUUCGCAAGCGUUUGGCCCGGACCAUUUGGACGUCUGCCCUUCGUUUCGAAAUUUCUCGAAAAGCGAGCCGUCAUCCAACACCUGCUGAUCAAGUAUACCGAAGGCGAAAAGCAGCAUAAUCAGAUGCGGGAGCACGCUCACGGAGAGCACACGUGGUACAAGCGACUGAAUGUGUCCUCCGGGCUGGAGAGUAUGCCACUGGACGACUGGAUCAAGGGCGACUACAGCGGCAACAUUAAUGUUCCUGGCGGGAAGAGCCUCACAAAGAUGGAAGAGGCGACGGCAAAGUACCUAGACCGCGUCUUUGAUCCCAGCGUUGAUUCGUAUGCACCACCCUCUGUGAUGCUUCAGCAGGCUGCAGAGAAAGUUGUGCGGCAACGACGGGCGCGAGAAACGAUGGGUGGCGAGCGGUGGGAUACCUUUGCGGGCAAGCACCUGCUCCAAGUCGCUGGACAGAAGAAUGGAUAA